AUGCCUGUCUCGGUCACCACAGACGUCAGCAACUAUGAGGCUAAGGGAUAUGGCGAUCUUAGCCAUACGAUGAAAGCCUUGACCUGGCAAGGAAAAGAUUCGGUUAAACUUAGUCAGUUCACCCUUCACUUCAUUCCCAACAUCUCCACAUACUUCGAUCUUCCUGCUGAUACCAUAUUCAUAGUUGAGACGGCUUGUCCUAAAAUCAUCGAUGAAGGCGAUGUCAUACUUAAAGUGACGGGCAGCACUAUCUGUGGGAGUGACUUACACCUGUUGCACGGGGCCAUCCCAGAUAUGGAGAAAGGUGAUAUUCUUGGCCACGAGUUCUGUGGUGUUGUCGCAAGCGUGGGGUCGGCGGUCAAGACGGUCAAACUGGGCGAUCGCGCUGUGGCGUCCUUCCAAAUUGCUUGUGGGAAGUGUUAUUACUGCAAGAAGAAGUUAUCCUCAAUGUGUGAGACGACUUGUGCAAGCCAGGAUGCCUCUAAGCUAUAUGGGCGUCGAACAUCCGGCAUGUUUGGAUACUCUCACUUCACAGGAGGCUUUGCUGGUGGGCAGGCCGAAUAUGUUCGCGUCCCAUACGGUGACGUGAAUCUCCUUCAGCUACCUGAUGACGUCCCCGAUGAAAAAGGGCUUUAUCUUUCCGAUGUGCUAGGGACAUCCUGGAAUGCUGUGGUCGACACUGGGGUUGAGGAGGGCGACACUGUAGCAAUCUGGGGAGCUGGCCCGAUUGGGCAAAUGGCAGCUGAAUUCAGUUUCUUCAAUGGUGCUAAAAGGGUUAUCCUCAUCGACGGCGGCCAUGGAUCAUGGCGACUGGGAUUUGUUAAGAAGAUUCUACCCAAGCUCGAGACACUUGAGUAUACAACCCUCCCAAAGGGCGAAUCUGUCACCUCGGCUUUGAAGAAAAUGUGCGACGGGCGCGGACCUGACGUAGCGAUUGAGUGUGCCGCUGGUGAGUAUGCGAAAGGAUGGGCUCAUUAUUUUGAAAGGCUGUUAGGCAUGGAAACGGAUUCUUCUGAACUCGUUAAUGAGAUGAUUACCUCUGUCCGUGCGUAUGGGCGCUGUGGUAUCACGGGCGUAUAUGCUGGCUUUUGCAAUCACUUCAACAUCGGCUCCUUGAUGCAGACGGGGAUCCGUCUUCAUGGCAAUGGACAAGCUCCUGUCCAGAAAUACUGGAAAGACCUCUUGAAGUAUAUCCAGGAAGACAGGAUUCACCCUCUGGAUAUGGUCACCCACCGAUUCAAACUGGAAGACAUGGAGAUUGUUUAUGAUUUAUUCAAUAAGCGUGACCCUGGUAUGCAGAAAGUCUUCGUCCAGACAAAGUUUUCCGCACCUCCAGCACCAGGAGCACCCGCGUUAACAAACCUCUGA